CCAGCAGCCCCCCAUGAUCUGCAUGCAGUGGUCAGACCCGUCCCAGAACCUGGAAAGCCAACCUAAAGGCCUGUCACUUUGUGUCUGUCAUUUGUUCCUCCAUCUCAAAGGAAGGCGGUGCAGCCACACUGUGUUUGUUGUGUUUGUGUUCCAGUGGACGGGUUCUCCAUGUGCAUCAGUUUGUUGCGACACACUGUUUUUCUCUUCCGUUUGUGCACUGUUAUACCCUUCACCAGGGACCUACCAAUAAGUGUACCGUCUGGAGUUUACCACCAGCAUCUGAUCACUGCGUCCAGUUAGUGCCACUGUCCUGUUGUGUUCAGAGAAGGAGAAAGAAACGGCAUCAUGGCUUCUUUUAAGUUGGAUUUCCUCCCUGAGAUGAUGGUGGAUCACUGCUCUUUGAAUUCUAGUCCUGUGAACAAAUUGCAGUGCCGGUUCGACAUGUGCGAGCCCCGCUGCUUCUUUGGUUUUGAAGUGAAUGCGCACGUUAACGGUAGCAUUGCUACAGACUAUGCAAAUGGGAAGAAGAUGAACGGGUCUCUGGAUCACCCCGACCAGCCAGACGUUGAUGCCAUCAAGAUGUUUGUGGGACAGAUUCCUCGCUCCUGGUCGGAGGAGCAGCUCCGGGAACUAUUCGAGCCGUACGGAGCCGUCUACGAGAUAAACGUUCUCCGAGACCGCAGCCAGAACCCUCCACAGAGCAAAGGCUGCUGUUUUAUAACGUACUAUACUCGCAAAUCAGCCCUGGAAGCACAGAACGCUCUGCACAACAUGAAGAUUCUUCCAGGGAUGCACCACCCAAUCCAGAUGAAGCCCGCUGACAGCGAGAAGAACAAUGCAGUGGAAGACAGAAAGCUGUUUAUUGGAAUGAUCUCCAAGAAGUGUAACGAGAAUGACAUCCGGCUGAUGUUCUCUCCGUACGGACAGAUAGAGGAGUGCCGGAUACUGAGGGGCCCCGAUGGGCUCAGCCGGGGAUGUGCAUUUGUGACGUUCACAGCCAGACAGAUGGCCCAGUCAGCCAUCAAGUCAAUGCACCAGUCCCAGACCAUGGAGGGCUGCUCCUCGCCCAUCGUGGUGAAGUUUGCAGACACUCAGAAAGACAAGGAGCAGAAGCGCAUGGCUCAGCAGCUGCAGCAGCAGAUGCAGCAGCUCAGUGCUGCCUCCAUGUGGGGGAACCUCACCGGCCUCAACAGCCUGGGGCCACAGUAUCUGGCACUCUACUUACAGCUGCUGCAGCAGUCAGCCACCCAGGGGAACGCACUCAACAACCUGCACCCAGUUUCAGGUCUUAAUGCCAUGCAGAACCUGGCCGCUUUAGCAGCAGCAGCCACUGCCACACAGGCCACGCCCACAGGCUCCAGCGUCAUGACAACCUCUAGUAGCCCACUAUGUGCAUUAACAAGCUCAGGCUCCUCCCCCACCUCCAGCAGUAACUCCUCAGUGAACCCCAUGGCCUCUCUGGGGGCCCUGCAGUCCCUCGCUGCUGGUGCUGGAGCCGGCCUCAACAUGGGCUCCCUGGCAGGCAUAGCAGCGCUGAAUGGCAGCCUGGGCUCUGGAGGUCUGUCUAACGGCUCAGGAAACACAAUGGAGGCUCUGAGCCAGGCGUACUCCGGCAUCCAGCAGUACGCCGCUGCCGCCCUGCCCAGCCUCUACAACCAGAGCCUGCUGUCCCAGCAGAGCGUGUCCGCCGCAGGCAGCCAGAAGGAAGGUCCAGAAGGAGCCAACUUGUUCAUUUACCACCUGCCGCAGGAGUUUGGAGACCAGGACCUGCUCCAGAUGUUCAUGCCCUUUGGAAAUGUCAUCUCUGCUAAAGUCUUCAUCGACAAACAGACAAACCUCAGCAAGUGUUUUGGAUUUGUGAGCUAUGACAACCCCGUGUCCUCGCAGGCCGCCAUCCAGUCCAUGAACGGCUUCCAGAUCGGCAUGAAGCGGCUGAAGGUGCAGCUGAAGCGCUCAAAGAACGACAGCAAGCCUUACUGAACACUUAGCUAGGCAGGGUGCUGUCAUGGUAAGUGGAGUAUGACUAACGGAGCCUGGUCCACUCAGAACUCUCUAUGCAUUACAGGGUGCCGCUGCUCUGCCUCUCUGGGCUCUCACAUGUCCAAGCAGCGAGUCACAUGACGGAAGAGCUUUCAGGCUACACUGGAUUGUUCCUGUGUUAUGUUGUGGUUUGUGCACUUUGUUUUCUUUUCACUAACAAGACAAACAGGUGUCUUUUUUUUUAAAGUUGAAAUGUUAUCAGUUUGCUGUGGUACUUUAUACACAUAAGAGUUGAUUGUUAGGACGUGUUGCACAUGUUUGGUCAGAGCCGUGCCAAAUCCAUCUGUGCCCCCCCCCCCCCCCCCACACACACACACACUCAGCAUUAUGCUCCUGAUGAACAGAACUCAUAACUAUGUUUACUUUACAAUUUCUCAAGCCUAAAUGGCUGUCUUCCCUGCCUUUAUAUUUGACCCAUGUAUUAUCUCUUAAAGGAGAGACAGUGAUAAACACAGACAUGAGCUGUCAGGGUCAGGGUACAGAGGCUGACUGUUCAUGAGGAGGAGGUCCACUCAAACAUGCACACAGACUUUAGACAUAUUAACCCUCAGUGUGAGUUUGCAGCAUGUGUGUGUGUGUGUUGCAGUUGUGCAGCAGUGUGAUGCUGUGGACAUCUCCGAGCUGAAGGAACCCUCCUGCUGACUGCUGAUUGGCUUAGCAAGGCGCCUAUAGGUUUACCUGUAGUCAGCACUGGCUGGAAUUGGUUUCUGUAUGACGUGGAUAUAACAGAGUGGUGCAGGAAUGAGUCCUAAAACCCUGGAUAUAAGUUAGCAUUUUACAACAUCCAAUCCCCUCGUCUCAUUUGUUCCGAACUUUUGGGGAUUUGGAAACCUGAAAUAAGGUCUGUGGUUAACACAAGCAACACAUAUUUUUCAUGUGUUUCCUACAUGAAAAAUAUACCAUAUAAAACACGUGAGUAAACCCCCCACUGGUGAAGGUCUGAAGCUUGUAUGGGCUAACAACUGUCUAAAUGAGACUAAACGUCAUCACACCAGACAUUAGCCGCCGUUAGCUUAGCGGUGCUGAUGUGAAGUCAUGUGACUGCUGCAGUUCCUUUAUAGGAAGUUAGUUUUUUACUUCUGGUGAUAGCAUUUACACUUUAAACAACAUAAAGUAAUGUUAAUAUGCUGAAUAAAAGGUAUAACUAGCAUAAACAUGUGUUUGCCACAGAUCUUAUUUUCUGCAAUAUUUCAAAAUCAGAGGAACAAUUCCAUUGCGUUUCUUCGCUAGCUUUUGGGUUUUGUCGACCUACAAAAAUACAUAAUCACUGCACCACUCUAUAGCUACUGUCAUUUAUUGCACUCUUUUACCUGGACGUCAGACGGACAGAGCAUGAUUCAGUGGAGCUCCUCCUGUGCUGUCAGCUGUACCUGGCAAUACUGUGAAGUUUAAACCAAACAUGAUAUGUCUGUUUCCCUCAUCUGAAUAACCAGAGUCUGUCUGAUGCACAUUUAAUGCUUUGUUUGAAUCUAUUUUAUGGUUUUGGCUACGUUCUACCCUGGUGUUGUGUAAAGAAUCAUCAACACCCCUCAGCAACUGUCCGGCUAGCUAGCAGCUAGCUCACAGAGGGCUACACCGCUGUGUCUCUCACUGAACUUAUUCAUAUCAAUGUCAACUUGCCCAAGGCAAACCUGUUAGAUGUGCAAGAUAUUGUUUUAUUUAAUUUUAUAGAACUAGGAAGUGAGACAAUUGUUGAGCUGUAUAUUUAAACUAUUAUGCCUUUUCUAUUUUUGUAUAGGUUUUAUACUUCCCCUGUGUGUCGGGGAACUAUUUAUUGCCUAAAUUAUUUAUCUGAAUUGAAAUUUUUUUGAAAGUCAAAUGUUCAGUCCAACAGCUGAACUUGAUCUCCGUGUGUGUGUCUUCUCCCUGCCUGUUUGGUGAUGUGUACUUUGUGUCAGUGUGGCAUGGACUGUGUGUGUAGGACCCAUCUGGUACACACUUCUUACAUCUCUUUCUGUCAUACAUGCCUUCAUCUGAAUAAACCACUCAUUUUACAAAAACACAGGGAGCAUAGUUUGUUCUAAAGGUCAACAUGUGUCUGUCCUGUCUUCAUGUGAGGAAGAGUGCGAUCUCUUUCAUUGUUAUCCACUUUACACCGGGCCAGGUCCUGGUCCAAGUUCUAGAAUUGGGACUAGACCAUCAAACGUCACCACGAGGAUUACUGUCACUCCCUGUGUUCCCACUGGAAGAGUCUUACUGUACCAAAGCAUUCUUUAAAUUGCACAAACAUCAUAACUGUGAGUGGGUGUGUGUGAUUUGGUGUGUGUGUGUGUGUGUGUGUGUGUGUGUGUGUGUGUGUGUGUGUGUGUGUGUGUGUGACAGAUUAGACAAAAGAGGAGCUUCCAGAAGGUAAACUAAAAAGGGUUGAGUGUUGUUUAAGAGAGAUUCACAGAUUUAAAUGUUACGAGCCAAUAUCAUUUUCUAUCUUAUUAAGAAGCUUAUCUGAUAUCAUACACAAACAACUGUUGCCCCUGUUGUUUACACCUUGUUUGUCCUUUAAGGGCAACUUUACUGCUGGUACAUUUUCUGAGUGAACAGGGGUCAGCUGAAUCCCUCUCAGGGUCUGUCUCUAUGGCUCAUCGUUCAGGAAACUUCCCUUCAUGUUCAUCAGACGUCAACAGUGACACAUUUUGUUCUUCUGUCUGAGCAGUACAUUUUUACUGUGGCACACCAGCUUAAUGUCUUGAAUUAACAGAAACAUAUUUAAAAGGAGUAAAAAAAUAAAAAGUAAAACAUAAUAAUGAAAAGACCAAAACCAAGAAGGUCUCUGGCUGUCUUUGGGGCACAUUCAUCCGGACCACCUUAGGUUUCUCAGUUGGGAAAAUAGUGCAUUUGUUUGGGACUAUUUUCAGCGGUGGGUUAGUCCACAUUUAGAGUUCUUGUGAUAUUUCUGGAAGCCACAGGUUUAUAUUUAUUCCUCUGUGACAUUAGUAUGCCAAUCAUCAAGCAACAACAAUGUGACUGUGACACAAAUCAGUCCUGAUCAAAGUGAACCCAUCCACUGUCUCAAGAGCUUACUAAAAUAUACUCAAACUAUAAGCUGAUUCUAUGGUAGAGAAAAUGCAACAUAUGCACAAAGGUUAGCUGUGACAGCAAUUAUGCUUAAACAUGCACUACUGCUAAUAUGGUAUAUUUAAAAUAAAACAAUGUAAAGCACUUCUCAAAUCCAUUCCUUCAUCAGUCAUUUGGAGUAGCAUUGUUGUGGAACAUUUACAUUUUUAUUCUCAUCAAUUUUAAUUGCAAUAUCUGAAUACCAUUGAACCCUUAAUAGAUAAAAGCAGAUCAGUAUUAAAUAUAAUAUAUUAUUAUUAUUAUUAUUGUGAUUAUUAUAGCAGUCGACCUCUCCGGAUGGGAUUGUUUAUCUCUGUUGAACCUGCAUGUUGUCAUCGAUUCUGUGCUGGCCUUGUGUUUCAAAUGUCGUGUGUGUGUGUGUGUUUGUGUGGCUCAUCCUCUGUCCCUGACACUGAUGUUUUCUCAUUCUUACCCCCCCCCGUCUGUGUUCCAUUGCAGUUUCAUUUAGUGUGUCUCCCUGUUGUGUUUUCUUUUUGUUUUCUCUAGAUCUCUUCCUGUUUGCCCUAGCAUGUCGCUGUGGCGUCACUUCAUCGUCCAGUCCUUGUCUUCUGCUCUUCUCUGACGUUUCCAAUGUCACACUGACCUUGUUUUUGGCAUUGAUUACCAGGAGGUUGUGUGUUGUUGUCAUCCAUUCUGUUUGUCCUCUGUCCCGCCAGCCGGGGAAGACUGCCCCUGGAAACGUUUAAGGGUUCCUUUCAAAAUUGUUACAGCCAAACAGAGAAUCUAUUUUUCUAGAACUGACACAUAACCAGUAGUUUUUCCAAAAUCAGUUUGAGCGAAGGGUGACUUUAACUUAUUGCUGUGUUGUGGGCAGUCCUCCAGAGCUCUGUGUGUGUGUGUGUGUGUGUGUGUGUGUGUGUGUGUGUGUCACAUGUUGUUAUUGGUCAUUUAAUGCUAGGCUAGCAGAGGGUUCCAGUAGAGAGAUGUUCUGAGGACUGAAAGCACAGCUGCUGUUCUGCUCUGUGAGAAUCACACACAAUCCAGAGGGACUUUUGUCACAUAAAUACAGUGUAUUUAGUAUGCAUGUUUUUGUAUUAUCUGCACUGAAAUUGUGAUCUAAAUUGUGUUAAAUUAAAUUAUGAAUAAACUGGUGCCAAAUGUUUUGCACAAUCAGUA